AUGGAUUUCGUCAUAAAAUUCGCACAAGCCCAUGAAUCGUUCCGCGUGGCAGAGAUACAGGCUCUUGCUGUAAUAGAAGGCGUUGACUUGGAGGUCCUCGAGUACAGGGAUGACUCCCCCUUCUGCAUUGCACGUCUUCCUUCAGUUGGAGACGCUCAUAGAUUGAUUCGAAGGUCUAUUCUCGCUCAGUCCGUACAUGAACUCUGGGGAACAGGUGCCACAUUUGAUGCCCUACAUCAGUCCGUGACGGAACGGACUAGCAAACUAUGGGCAGAUUACAAGUCUGUAUCCUUCAAAUUCAUCAUCGACUCAUACCAAGGAGCACACUCAAAUAGCGAGAGACUAUCCAUUAUCAACACCUUUGACUACCUACCAUUUGAGGGACCGAUUCGGCGCCUCGUUGGAAAGUCAUCACGGGAAACUGUUCUUAAAUUCGACCUGAAGAAGCGAGGCUACAUAUCUACUACUAGCAUGGAUUCGGAACUGUCGCUCAUAACCGCAAAUAUUGCCCUGGCAGGGCCUGGAAAGCUUUUCUAUGACCCGUUUGUUGGUACGGGGUCGUUUCCAAUCGCUUGUGCUUGCUUCGGUGCGAUGGCAUGGGGCAGUGAUAUAGACGGCAGAAGCAUGCGCGGCGAAGGGGGCACCAAGUGCUUGAGGGGCAACUUCCAGCAGUACGACAUCGAGCAGCGAUUAGGUGACGUCUUCGCUGCUGAUCUCAUGAAUUCGCCAAUUAGCAAGGAUAGACGGAUAUGGGAUGGGAUAGUCUGUGACCCGCCAUACGGCGUUCGGGAAGGGCUGAGAGUUCUCGGACUCAAGGAUCCUGAAAAGACACCAUGGCUUAUUGAACAGGGCAAGAAAAAUGCUUCCUCGCCUGAUUUUGUGCCACCCAAAAAGCCAUACAGUUUCUUGGCGAUGCUGGACGAUAUCCUCGCCUUCGCAGCAGCCACGUUGGUUGACAAUGGUAGGUUAUCGUUCUGGAUGCCCACCGCGAAUGACGAGGACCAAGAAAUACCCGUGCCCACACACCCGUCGCUCGAAGUGGUGGUGGUUUGUGUUCAAAAGUUCAACAAGUGGUCAAGACGAUUGAUCACAUAUAGUCGACUUUCGAACGAAAAGAUUUCUGCAGCAGCUGUGGCAGUAUACCACAGCCGGAAGACGGUCAGCACGGUGGGCUCAACUGUUGACGACCUGAACCCAUUCCGGCGCGGAUAUUUCAAGAAGUUCGAGACUUAA